AUGGCUGAGUCGGAACCUUCUUCAAAACCAAGCAAAAACGCGCUUAAAAACGCCGCAAAGGAAGCCGAAAAAGCCAAGAAGAAAGCUGAGAGAAGUGCCCUUCUAGAGCAGCAAAAACUUGAGCUCCAACAACAAGUAGAAGAUGAUUUUGCUGCUAGAAACUACGGUGAAGGAGACAAUCUCUAUCCGCAAACUGCUGUCGAGAAAUGGAUCCCGCUCCGCAAUAUCGAAGAGCACGAAGACCGAGAGUGCGUCUUCCGGAUGGUUGUUGCUGAGGCUCCUGGAUACGUGUCCACGCCAAUGAUCAAAUUUGCCGUCAAUAUUCCCCCUGAGUUAAUCUGUACUGUUGUUGGCGUCGUCAAGAGAACGAGCGAAAAGAUUCAGAGUACAACAAUUCAAGAUUUCGAACUUCACGCGAGGAGGAUCUCCACCGUUUCUAAGGCACAGUUGCCGCUACCAUUACAGCCCGCGGACUCAGAAGGCCCGCUGCCUUCAGAAGACAAGGAUGCUACUUAUGAAAUCUAUACCCCCAAGAUAAUAGGCGCGCCGACUAAAGGGGGAAGCAGCGUGUUCCGUCUCGACUAUUUCUAUAGAAGUGCUUAUCUUGCUCAGAGUCCGCAACUGGCUAAGCAGAUGGCUAUCCAGAGUUGGUUCCCGAGGGUGAUAGAGAUAGGUCUGGUCUUUCGCGCGGAGAACUCCAACACAGUUAGACAUUUAACUGGCAAGGAAACCAAGCUCAUACGGAAGGUCUACGCCGUGGAACCGUUCAAGCUUCCAGCAAUCUCGAAUAUUCCCCGAAUCGAGUUUUCUGAGGGUGUCAUGAUGCUGCGGGAGGUUGGUGAAAGCGUGGGUGACUAUGACGACCUCACCACUCCUCAGGAGAAGAAACUGGGUCAACUUAUUCUUGAGAAGUAUGGUUCCGACUUCUAUACUCUGGACCAGUUUCCCACUGCUGUGCGUCCUUUCUAUACCAUGCCUUCCAAGAAGAACAAGAACUACGCCAACUCCUACGAUAUGUUUAUGCGUGGACAAGAGAUUCUCUCUGGCGCGCAACGUAUCUAUAUCCACGAGCUCCUCGUCGAGAGGAUCCGAGAACAGGGAAUGAGCCCAGACGCGGAUGGUCUGCGCGAUUACGUUGAGGGCUUCAGGUAUAGAUGUCCUCCCAAUGGAGGAGGCGGAAUUGGCUUGGAGCGGAUUGUACAAUUCUAUCUCGGUCUUCCUAACAUUCGGAUGACUUCAUUAUUCCCACGCGAUCCGAAUAGAGUACUGCCUUAG